ACUAUCACCACCACCACCACCAUCGUCAUGAAUCAUGAUCAUCAGACAACGACUACGAAAAAAUCAUAAGUCUACUUUUAUUAGACACACAAAUCUGUGAAAAUGGCGAUUUAGUUAAUAAUAAUUCGCUCAACUUUUUCUUAAUCAAUCAAAGGAAUAAAAUAACAAAUAAUAAUAAGACCAUUUUUUACUUUUCCCCUUCUUUAUGCAAAAUUCGGCCUCUUAAUUUUCAAAAUUUUCGACCUCCGAUCUCCCAUCUCCGCUUCCAUCAUCUUUAGGAUCUCUCAAUCUCUUUCUUCACUGAUCGAUUAGGGUUUUCGAGCUGAAAUCGAUACUCCUCCACCGCGAAGAAGCGAUUACCUAGAUUUUUCUUCUAGGUUUCUGGCGGAUCUCGCCAAGUUCUCCUUAUUCUCUUCAGCUACGGCGAAACUUUCUCUAGCUCCACUCCUCCCUCGCCACCAUGUUUUGGAAGCUCACAUCUCUCUCUGCAUCAUCUCCUGUGGAGAUAAUAUUAGACAAAGAAAAUUUCACGUUGGAAGAGCUUCUUGAUGAGGAAGAGAUUAUUCAAGAAUGCAAGGCUUUGAAUAGCAGGCUCAUUAACUUUCUAAGGGAUAAAGCUCAAGUGGAGCAAUUAUUGCGGUACAUUGUUGAAGAACCUCCACAGGAUGCUGAUAGUAAACGUGCUUUCAAGUUUCCAUUCAUCUCUUGUGAAAUAUUUACAUGUGAAAUUGAUGUUAUUCUAAAAACUUUGGUCGAGGAUGAAGAGCUGAUGAACUUGCUUUUUUCCUUUCUGGAACCAAAUCGUCCUCAUAGUGCAUUGCUGGCAGGCUAUUUCAGCAAGGUUGUCAUUUGCCUUAUGAUCAGAAAAACUGCAGCGCUUAUGAAUUAUGUAAAAGGGCAUCAAAAUGUUUUCUGCCAGUUAGUUGAUUUGAUUGGGAUAACAUCCAUCAUGGAGGUUUUGGUUCGCUUGGUUGGGGCUGAUGACCAAGUCUAUCCCAACUUUCUGGAUGUGAUGCAAUGGUUGGCUGAUAGCAAUUUACUUGAAAUGAUCGUGGACAAACUUAAACCAUCUAGUCCUCCGGAGGUUCAGGCAAAUGCAGCAGAAACAUUAUGUGCAAUUUCUCGGAAUGCACCGUCAGCUUUAGCUACGCAGCUCUCUAGCCCUGGCUACGUUGCAAAGAUAUUUGGUCAUGCUCUUGAAGACUCGCAUUCAAAAUCCGGUCUAGUUCAUUCACUUUCAGUAUGCACCUCUCUUCUGGAUCCGAGGAGAUCUGCUGUUUCAUCUUCUAUGUUCAAUUCUUACAGAGGUCAACAUAUGUUCGAGUCUCCUGUCCCAGUUUCCCCAGAAACUAUUGGUGCCAUGCUGCCCAAACUCAAUGACUUGCUUAUGCUUCUCACUGUAGCAUCUGAUAGCACAGUAUUGCCUACAACAUAUGGUGAACUGAGGCCUCCUCUCGGAAAGCAUCGUCUAAAGAUUGUGGAGUUCAUUGCAGUUUUGUUGAAAACUAGAAGUGAAGCUGCACAAAAGGAAUUAGUCAGUUCAGGAACAAUCAAAAGGACCCUUGAUCUGUUUUUCGAGUACCCGUACAAUAAUGCUCUGCAUCAUCAAGUGGAGAGUAUAAUACUUUCUUGUUUGGAAAACAAGAGCGAUUUGAUGGUUAACCAUAUUCUUCGAGACUGCGAUCUGAUUGGCAAAUUCCUCUUGUCGGACAGGGACUCAAACCUCUUAGGUGAUAGCCAGCCCACUGUAGCUGCCUCCGGGAAAAAAAAACCUCGUGUCGGGUAUGUCGGGCAUAUCACAAGAAUAUCAAAUAAAAUUGGUCAGUUGAGUAACAGCAAUGGCCAGAUAAAGGCAUACCUUCAGGAAAACAGCGAAUGGAAUGAGUGGCAAGGUAGUGUUCUGCAGGACCGCAACACGGUUGAAAAUGUCAACAGAUGGGGAUGUGGGCGCCCAACUACCCUACAAGAUAGGACAAGAGAUAGCGAUGAGGAAGACAGGGAUUACGAUGUUGCAGCUCUGGCCAAUAACUUAAGCCAAGCAUUUAGAUACAAAAUAUAUGGAAACGAUGACAAUGAAGAGGACCACAAUGCCCUUGAUAGAGACGAUGAUGUAAGUCUUGCAAAAAUUCUUCUCUCCGCUUUUUUGAAAAAUCAAGGAAACUAUCAACAUCUUUUAUCACACUAUGAUACGUAUGGGGGAUGUACGCUAAUAAGAGUUUGCUAUUGAAAAUUGGAAUGUGUUUAUAUACUAUACAGGAUGUUUACUUCGACGAUGAAUCUGCUGAAGUAGUAAUUUCAUCCUUAAGACUUGGGGAUGACCAAGGAAGCUUGUUUACAAAUUCGAAUUGGUUCACAUUCCAAGACGAUAGAUUCGGCAGCACACCCUCUGACACAGCGGGUUCGAACACGAUAGACGUGGAAUUGAAUAAAACCUAUAAUGCCAACACUAGCAGUAGUGACGAUGAUGAAGUUGUGGUUGGAGAAGAAGACGAUGAUCUAACUGGAAACCCAAAAGACAACGCGUUGAACACAACUGAAACCAACUUUCAAAUGGAGAGUCCACUGGAUUUCUUCGACUUCAACACCUCACAGAAAGCUGAAGAAGCUUUUGCUGAACAGCCACCCGAAUGGGUCGGGUGGGGAGAACCAUCUGAUAUGCAAGCGAGUGGCACCGGUCUGAACCCAUUUAUCGAUGAUGAUGAUGAUGAUGACAGCAAGCACAUAAUGAACCUCGACAUACCAAUGGCUGAGGUCAAAUCUGAAUCCAUGAUUCCAAACGGGUCAGAAAGAUCGUUAUUUGAGAAGGACGUGGAAUUUGUGGGAGUGGAACCAGAAGGGGCAGAGAAAGCGAUGGAGCAAGCGAUGAAAGAAGGGAUAGUAGGAGAAGCUGGAGUGAUGAAGAAGAACAAGGAGAUGGCUGAGGACUCAAAGCCGGAGGAAAGUUCAGGAGGAGUGAAAGAGUUCAACGAUAACAACUACUGGAAAGUGGAUCAAGAAGUUGGAGUGUUGGAAUGAAAAAGUCGUUACCUUGUACAGUGUCAUUUUGUGUGAGAGUAUGAUACAAAACUUGUUAUUAGUUAAAAUUUGGUGCAAGGGUCUCUCUCUCUUUGGCAUGUAUCUUUUUCUCUUUUAUCAUUAGGCUUCUGUUGUUGUCAGCUAGAGGAAGUUGUCUGUGCUUAUUUACUUUGCCUACCACGAAGUUGUCCGUUUUAAAGUAUAUUUGGACUCUUUUGAGUUUAGUUUCGCUUGACAAACAUCAAAUCAUAUAGUAAACCUAAAGGGUGACAAAGUCAAUAAAUGAAUUUGAAGCUAU